AUGUUUGACCAAAAUGCUUUUCUUCUCACAGCCUCAGGUAGACACUCCCUGUGGGUGUUGGCCUCCUACAUCUCAGGGUCCACCAUGUUCCCAGAGUUCACGAUGGUCCUGAUGCUGGACGACAUCCAGAUGGCCUACUUAGACUCUGAUUUGGAUAGGAUAAGGACGACCGCUGCCACCAAGGUGGAAAUGGACCUGUUGCAGGACAAUGUGUUCAUCCUGCGGGACAUGUGGGAAGACAUGAAGAAGAGGCUGAACCUGGCCAAACUCCACUUUAACUUGACGACAGGAGUUCAUGUCCAGCAGAGGCUGGCGGGCUGUGAGGUGAUGGAUGGACAACCAGUGCUCAUCAUGUCCAAGAACGCCGCCAACGGCCAGGACGCCUUCAGCCUGAUGUACAAUAUGACACACUUCACUCUGUCCAGACAGCAGGACUGGGUGAUCCACUGGGACAACAUGAAGUGGGCGUUCAUCCAGGCGCUGUACUCCAACGUCUACCUGCCGGUCUGUGCACACACUCUGAAGAUCCUGUUGGAUCGAGAAAAACGCCUUGUGAUGCGUCGGGUUCGACCUCGUGUUCACUUCCUCAUGAAGCAGGUGGUGGGCGGGGCUCAGCUCACCUGCCUGGCUACAGACUUUUACCCCCGCCACAUCAACCUGACACUUCUGCGGAACGGCCAAGCGGUGGAUGAGGACCAGCUGACGGGUGGCACUGUGCUGCCCAACGGUAACGGUCUGUACCAGGUGAAGAAGACUCUGACGGUCAGCGUUGAAGAGCUGAGGCUGAAACACAACUACACCUGUGUGGCGUCUCACCUGAGCCUGGACAACCGGCUGCAGGUGAGCUGGAGGGUGGAGUUCUCCCGCUCUCACAGGAUCCCCAUCAUCUCAGUUCCUGCCAGCGUGGCGCUCGCUGCCGGUCUGCUGGUGGUGCUACUGUGGUGGAGGAGGAGGUCAAAGGGCGUUGCCAUGGAAACACAGGAGCAGCAAGUAGAGUCAAAGCUGUGCAUGAAGGAUGUUCAGGCGAUCUGA